CGAGAUUUUAUGCACACCGCCGUCGCCAUUUGUGAUUAUUAUGAAGAUGACUGAGUGAGUUUGGUGUUUGGAUUUCGAGCUUUGGACGCAUGUGUAGGAGACAAUCGACGCGGAAAUUCAGUGUGCACGUAGGACUGACAUUCACACUUUAGUGUGACGUAUUUCUGUGUUGAUUCUAAACGCCUCCAAAUGGAUAGUUUAGUUCGAUUCGCCUCGUCCGCUGCGACAACGGGCAUGGAAGAUCAACAAAGACUUCUUCAUCAGGGCCAAGUUAGCAUGGCGAGUGGAGUGAUGACCCAGCAGACUGGAUACGACCAAAACAUGCAGCAAUCUGGGAAUCCUUCCGAUCCAGACCAGCGCAAACAAGAAAUUGGGGAUAUCCUUCAACAGAUCAUGACCAUCACCGACCAAAGCUUGGAUGAGGCUCAAGCCAGGUGGGUCGACAGGAAACAUACCCUAAAUUGUCAUCGGAUGAAACCUGCGCUUUUCAGUGUGUUGUGCGAAAUCAAAGAAAAGACUGUACUGAGUAUUCGCAAUACACAAGAGGAGGAGCCCCCAGAUCCCCAGCUCAUGCGAUUGGACAAUAUGCUGAUAGCUGAAGGGGUAGCAGGGCCAGAGAAGGGGGGUGGGUCGUCGGCAGCGGCCAGCGCAACAGCUGCCGCAUCAGGGGGCCAGCCAGACAGCGCUAUUGAACAUUCAGAUUACAGGGCCAAGUUGGCCCAGAUCAGGCAGAUAUAUCACACAGAGUUAGAGAAAUAUGAACAGGCUUGUAACGAAUUCACAACACAUGUGGUCAACUUGUUACGGGAACAAAGUCGAACGCGACCCAUAGCACCUAAGGAAAUCGAAAGAAUGGUCAGCAUAAUCCGCAAGAAGUUCUCAGCAAUUGAAAUGCAACUGAAACAAAGUACAUGUGAAGCUGUGAUGAUUCUCAGAUCACGGUUCCUAGACGCCAGAAGAAAGAGGCGUAACUUCAGCAAGCAGGCUACAGAGAUACUGAAUGAAUACUUCUACUCACACCUCAGCAACCCCUACCCUUCAGAAGAAGCAAAAGAAGAACUGGCGCGGAAGUGUGGCAUUACCGUAUCUCAGGUGUCUAACUGGUUUGGCAACAAACGUAUCCGCUACAAGAAGAACAUCGGCAAGGCGCAGGAGGAGGCAAACCUGUACGCAGCCAAGGCAGCAUCAGCAGCUGCAUCCAACACCCCUGGCGGAGAUAGUGCUACAGCUCAAGGUGCAGCUGGCUUUGGGACCUCACAGUCUGGACUUAUAGGUCAGCAGCAGGGGAUGUAUAUGAACAUCAACGGAGAGAGUUAUCAAGGGGGAGACAACUCGGUAGGAGCUAAUGUUCAGUCACAGGUGAAUGCACUUCGGCAUGUUAUUUCUCAGACUGGGGGUUACAACACAGAUGGUAUCCCAGGAGGCACUGGCAUGUACGAUCACAUGCAACAACAGAAAUUUCAUCUGAGUGGGGACGAAUCGGACGCAUACGAUGAAGAGGAUCCGCAAUACUGAUGGAGUUGAGAAGAACGUAGCAAAUACGUUACGUAGACAUGACUCUUGGAGAUAUAUUUCUUUACGUUUUAAGUGCUCAUUAAUUAGUAUUAUUUGAAGGACAGAACUGUUGACUGGGUGCAGUUUUUACGAGACUUAAAGGCAACAUACAUUUAUAUCAUGACAAUUUUUUUAACAUGCAAAUUUUUAUUGGAUGAUUUUAUGUUUGGUUGUAGUCAAUGUCUAUUUGUUUUGUUUGUAGAAUUGUCAAAUCUCGAAAAAUGUUUACUCGAAGAUUCAUGCAAUAAACCUCUCGUGGAUGUGAAUUUUUUUUCAAAUCACAGCAAUAUGCCGAAAAAUGCCGAACUCUAAAACAAAGGAUAUCGACCAAAGAAGCUCAUAAUAAGAGCUGUAGUCAGUGGUUGGACAGUCUGGACGUUUCAGUAAUGGAGACCUAUGUUCAGAUCUACAGUCGCGCAUGAAUGAGAACUGGCGGUGUUUCCUAUUUCGUACCGAGAAGAAUUCUUACGGACAAAUACCUGAUAGUUCUUGUUUGGAUUAAAGUGUGAUCUUGUCCACUGUAAAGAAAAAAUUCACAUGUCUGUGACACAUCACAACAAGCAUAGACUAUUUUCUGGAUGAUUGGUACAUGCAAGCAUAAGCUCAGUAUGCUUUAGGAGAAAUCAUGUGUGUCGACGUGUAUGCAGGCAGAAAUCAUACAGUGAUUUAUCACACUGUAAGUCAAAGGUUAAUGACAACAGUGUUUGGAUUGUGGGCUUGAUUGUUAGCAGCAAGCAUACUCCAUGCAUAUGAUUGUUAUCAGAAAGUAUACAAGUGUAUGCUACUAUGUCUACAGUGUAUGCAUGUUUGUUAACAGCAAGCACACUAAUAAAUAUAUGCUUGCAUGUUAACAGCAAGCACACUGUUGUGUAUGCUUGCGUAUUGACAGCAAGUACACAAUGUGUAUGCUUGUUCAACAUGUAUGUUAACAGCAAGCACACGGUUAUGUGUAUGCUUGUUUGUCAACAGUCAUGCUUGUAUGUAAACAGCAAGCACAGUCACUGUUAUGUAUGAACUUAGUCUUGAACAACAAGCAUGCAGUUGUAUGUAAGCUUGUGCCGACAUCAAGCAUACAUGCUGGAGACUAUGUUUGUAUGUCGACCGCAGGCCUUCAAGGCUAUGUGUAAGCUUGUAUUGAAUGUAGACGGAUUAAAAAGGGUAAAUUACUGUAGAUUUCAGCCAGUAGAAUUUUGAAGAAGACAAAAUCAAAAUAAAAAGGCUGACCCAUACUUGAAUAGAGUGAAUUGUGUAUUAUUGUAUUGUCAUCUAUCUUCUGUUAUAAGAAAACUUUUAUUUCUUAAGAAUGAAAGACUGGAUAUAGUAGUGGCAAGAUUUAUUUAUUUGUCUUUUAGAAAUCUCACACUGCAAAUGUCAGAGGUGGCGAAUGUUGGACUAUGUAUCAGAAAUCUCUUACCUUUAAUAACCCCUAUGGUAACUUCUACUUUAGAUAGUAAAUACAUGUUCAUAAUGUAUUAUAGAUGGGAUUUAGGUGAAUUAGAUAUUAUAUUGUGAAAUGUUAUCACCAAUAAUGUCAACUAAAAUGUAGAAAUACUUCCUCCGUAUGAUGUGAUCAGUUUUUGUUCUAAAUGUAUUGACGUCAGGAAUAGAAUCAAUAAACCACAUCUGCUAUAUUCAGAUUAGCAAUAUUUAUGAAGUAAAACUUCACAAUUAAAGAAUCAUUAGACACAAUAAUAGUAACUGUAUCUUGGCUCCUGAAUGACAGAGAUAGGGUAACUUGCAGGAAUUAGCCCACUCCCAAAAUUUCAUAAAUUAAUCAGAUAGGCCCCUAUUUCUAGGACACUGUGGUUUUGUUAUUAUUGGAAGGUAAUUUCUGUGUACAUGUCCAUGUGAGUUUCUGAAGGAUGACUUUAUAAUGCGUGCGCACACUAUGUACGAGGUGCCAUGUCAUCCGAUAUAUAACUUAUAUUGAAAGACUAUCAAGUGCUGCAGGAAACACGAGGAGCUGCUAGAUGCUUUGUUUUCCUGUUUCAUUGACUGUGUCAUUAUGAUUUUUGUCUGUCUGUCAUUAUUGUCCAAAUCUUACCACUUCUGAAUACAACUGUCUUCAUAUGUUUUUGGUUGCAUGUGCCAUUGUCAAAUGAUAUCCUGUUUUGGCUGAACCAAACAUUGUGCCUAUUCCUUAGAAAACAAUGUUCAUUUUUGUUUGUUUGCGAUAAAUCGUGUUGUUACUAGUUGAUUUCAUAAAUUAUGUAUACAUUUACUCUUUUAGGAGUCUGGAUGUUGAAUUGUGGAAAUAAUGUUUGGUAGCAGCCAAAAUAUUACCGUAUCUGAAAUUAUCAUGGAUAUCAGCAUUACCUCCCUUUGGCCAUAAAAAUAUUUGGAGACAGUUUUAUAUAGAAGACAAGUUUGUUCUUUGCAUAAUCACAGGGACUUGUUAGUGAAUACUGUGUGGUACAUAGCUUUAAUGAUGACCAUUCCAAAACAAGCUGGGAUAGCAUGUCCAUCUUACCUAGAUGUGUGAGGGCAGAUAGUGUGGCAUCAGAUCUUGAAUGUACUUAAUACCUCUUCAUUUGCUGAUGUCAGGACAAAUGUUAAAAGUUGAUGGAAUCCUGAUGAUAUGUUGCUUAAAAAAUACUUUAAAAUAGUUCAUUUGUGUCAGAAGUAAUUGUGAAAUUUAUUGUAUUUUUAUUUCAUUGUCAGAAUCGUGACAUUUUGUAAAAAUUGAAAAUAAUAAUUCACUUUGUUGCAAAUGUUGUUAUAUUUUUGAUCACUUUUACUCAUUAUCCUUGUGUAAUGAAUUCACAUUUGACAGAUCAUGCUCAUGAGAGUUUUCAUGACCUUGACCUUCAGUGUUGAAAAUUGCUGCCGGUCACUCAUCUAGAUUUGAUUGCCAAGUUAUCAUAUUAAAGUAAUAAGCGGUGCUACCUCAUCGUUGAGAAAAUGUCAAACCAACAAGUAAAAUUAAAUCUAGCUUGCAUGCAGAUAUCUCAGUAAUUGCAUAGUCAAUAACAAAGAUAGCCAAAUUGUAGAUUUCAUGUUCUGCAGCCAGACUGACAUGACCUUUGUAGGUCAUACAAAGGUCAUGAGGUCAUUUCAGUCCUUAUAUUGUGUGAAAUUUGUGUACUGUACUUCAAAAAACAAACAUGCAUUAAAUGUGUAAACGUU